CUUCUUUAUGAUCCCUGAGCACGCAGGAGACUCUGAUUUCGCCCGUGGGCUCUUUGCAGCAUGGAUCACCCCCAGUGCCUUGUGACUCUAUACGCCUUGGUGGUCUUCCUGGGACUCAGAAUAGACCAAGCGGUGGGCCAGCAUUAUCUGCACAUCAGACCUGCCCCCAGCGAAAAGCUGCCCCUGGUCGACCUGAUCGAGCACCCGGAUCCCAUCUUCGACCCCAAGGAGAAGGAUCUGAACGAGACCGAGCUGAGGACUGUCUUGGGUGGCCACUUCGACCCCAACUUCAUGGCCAUCAACUUGCCCGAGGAGCGGCUGGGCGUGGAGGACCUGGCGGAGCUGGACCUGCUCCUCCGGCAAAAGCCCUCCGGGGCCAUGCCGGCCGACAUCAAGGGACUGGAGUUCUACGAGGGUCUGCAGGGCAAAAAGCACAAACUGAGCAAGAAGCUGAGGAGGAAGCUUCAGAUGUGGCUCUGGUCUCAGACCUUCUGCCCCGUCCUAUACACGUGGAGUGACUUGGGGAUCAGGUUUUGGCCCCGCUACAUGAAAGUGGGCAGCUGCUACACUAAGAGGUCUUGUUCUGUACCGGAGGGGAUGGUUUGUAAAGUCUCCAAGUCCAUGCAUUUGACUAUCUUAAGGUGGAGAUGCCAACGCAGGGCACUGCAUCGCUGCACGUGGAUACCUAUACAGUACCCAAUCAUAUCUGAGUGCAAGUGCUCCUGCUAA